AUGAGGUUGUGCAUUGAUUACAGACAGUUGAACAAGGUCACAGUGCAGAACCGAUAUCUGUUGCCACGCAUUGACGACUUGUUCGAUCAAUUGAAGGGUGCUAAGGUGUUUUCUAAGAUUGAUUUGAGAUCAAGCUAUCAUCAGUUGAGAAUCAGGGAAGAUGAUGUACCUAAGACUACUUUCUGGAUGAGGUAUGACCAUUACGAGUUUUUUGUGAUGCCUUUUGAGCUGACUAAUGCACCAGCAUUGUUUAUGGAUCUCAUGAACAGAGUGUUCAAACGUUAUCUAGACCGCUUGUGUUCAUAG